AUGGGUCUCUUCAAGCGCAAGGACUCAAAGAACUCCAUUCACAGCGAUAAGGAUGAACAGGAUUCUUUCGCCACUGUCAACAGUGCUCGCACCUCGAAUGCGUCGUUGAGGUCCCCCGGAUACAAAGGAAGCGGACUGCCAGCCUCAAUCCCAGAGCUUCCAAUUGCCAGACCCCCGGAUCCAGCAUUGGACCCUGCAGCUUACCUUCGAAGCAUCCAUGCUGUCCGCGAGCGGUCUCGCAUCGUUUUCGACAAGGCAAAGAAGAACGGAUUGAAUCAUUUCGAUGUCGAUAUGUCCAAAUUCAAGGCAACAGCUUCGUAUAUUGUGUCAAUCAUCAAAAGAGACUAUGCGCCCGAUUAUGCGUCCAUCCCGCCCCACGGUCGCUGGCAGCAUUUUGACGUUGGCGGCAGACCCCGUGUGAAUCAAUUGCUUCAAUCUUGGCCUAGCACAAUUGAUGCGCAGGAACGGACACGACGUCUGAUUGACCUUUUCGUGGUCUCCGUCCUUCUAGAUGCUGGUGCAGGCACGAAGUGGUCAUACAAAUCAAAAGAAUCUGGCAAGGUUUAUUCUCGGAGCGAGGGGUUAGCGGUGGCCACUCUGGAGAUGUUCAAGAGCGGCUUGUUCAGUAGUGAUCCCACGGAACCAUGCCAGGUCGACGGUGCGGGCCUAAAGAAGAUCACGGUGGAGGUAUUGGCUAGAGGAAUGCAGCAUUCUGAGCAUAAUCAACUGGCAGGGCUUGAAGGACGUGCUGGACUGCUGAUGAGACUGUCUGAGGCCUUGAACAACCAGGAGUUCUUUGGCGUGGAUGCUCGACCAGGAAACAUGCUUGACUACUUGCUUUCUCAUCCAUCUACGCUUGCCUCGUCUGUACCCAUUGUUCCCAUCACCACAUUGUGGACGGUCCUCAUGGAUGGGUUCGCAUCAAUUUGGCCUCCUUCGAGAACCCAGGUCGAUGGGGUCUCUAUCGGAGAUGCUUGGGUCUGUUCAAACAUGCCCCAGUCUCCUCCGGCACAGCCUUGGGAGAGCAUCGUACCCUUCCACAAACUUACGCAAUGGCUUUGCUACUCAAUCAUGGUACCCAUGGCAAAGUUACUGAACAUCCACGUCGCUGGCAGUGACCUCCUAACUGGACUUCCUGAAUAUCGAAAUGGCGGCCUCCUCAUUGACAUGGGGUUGUUAGCUCUCAAAGAUGCCGACCUCCAGCGCGGCAUCGCAGCAUACAAACAGAACGCUCAGAUCAAGGGCCAGCCAAAUGUGGAGGUAGUCCCACUUUUCGCGGCCGAUGAUGAUGUGGUGGUUGAAUGGCGCGCCGUUACGGUCGGAUUCUUGGAUGACCUUCUCAUGGAGGUGAAUAAUCAAUUGGGAUUGAGAGGCGAGGAACAAUUGACUCUUGCACAGAUGCUCGAAGCUGGAUCAUGGAAGGGCGGCCGUGAAAUAGCAGAGGUCUCCCGACCCAACACCAAAGAACCUCCGAUUAUGAUUCUCUCCGAUGGCACGGUGUUCUGA